AUGAUCGAACAUGCAUUAUCGAGUACUUUGGAUAAGAAUGAUGGUGAUGUAUCGAAUUUUGAUGUUUUAAGGUUCAGAGCGAUUCAUAAGCCGCCUUCUGCACGCCGGUGCUGUCGCUACGCUGCCCUUCAGCCGCCUCUGAACCCACGACAGAUUAAUGAAAUGAUUUUGAAUAAGGCAUGGGUCAAAGUAAAAGAUCGUUCAUCUAUUGAUUAUGUAAAUGGUGUUGAUGAGUUUCUAAAUUUUUCUCUUUCCAAAGUAAGAGAAGAUGAUCGAGAUAGUACUACUAUUAGGUGUCCUUGUAAUUGUUGUCGCAAUAUAUUUCUUAAAACAAAAUGUGAUGUAAGAUUAGACUUGCUUAAGAGUGGAAUGUAUGAGAAGUACACUUUUUGGGAACUUCACGGGGAAGAAUUAGUUGAAUCAAGUGAAGGGGAUGAUGUUAAUGAGUCCAAUGACACUGAUAGUGGUUUCACAAUGUUGCAAGAUGCUUGUGGAGUUGGUGCUAUGAAUGUUGGGAGUGCUCAAGAGGCUUUAAAUAAUGUUGAGGAGUAUGAGAAACCUAAUGCAAAUGCAAAAAAGUUUUUCAAACUUUUAGAGGAGUACCAAGAACCAUUAACAAUGCAUGGCACAACAAUGUCUAAGUUGUCAUAUAUUGUUAAAUUAUUACAUUUAAAGGUUUUGAAUAAUUGGUCUGAUAAGUCUUUUGAUAGUUUACUCCAAUUAGAACGUCAAGGCUAUGGCGCUAACCUUCCAACUUCUUAUUACGAGGCUAAGAAACUCAUUAAAGACUUGGGGCUUGAUUAUUUUAAGAUUGAUGCUUGUGAAAAUGAUUGUAUUCUUUUUUGGAAAGAGCAUGAAAAAUUGAUUGAGUGUCCCACUUGUGGUUUAUCAAGGUGGAAACAAGAAAAAGAAGGCUCUUCUAAGGGGGUAAAGGUUUCUAGAAAAGUGCUAAGAUAUUUUCCAUUGAAGCCUAGGCUACAAAGGUUGUACAUGUGUAGAAAGACAUCCAAAGACAUGCGUUGGCACAAAGAAAGGGAUGCUACUAAAGUGAAUGAUUGUGAUAGGAUUAUAGAUGAUGAUGCCCUUUCUAGGGAAGAGGAGGAUGAUACCUUUUUGGAGGAUGACAAUGCGAGUGGGUUGGAUGAUACAAUGAGACAUCCAUCUGACUCCUUUGCAUGGAAAUCAUUUGAUGAAGAAUAUAGUGAAUUUGCUAAAGAGGUGCGAAAUGUUAGACUUGGACUAGCUUGUGAUGGCUUUCAGCCUUUCAAUAAUUCACAACAUAGCAUAUGGCCAGUGGUUCUUAUCCCUUAUAAUUUACCUCCUUGGUUAUGCAUGAAACCUUAUUCAUUUAUGCUAUCUUUACUAGUACCAGGUCCAACAAGUCCUGGAAUUAAUAUGGACGUCUACCUCCAACCACUUAUUAAGGAGUUAAAGGAGCUUUGGGAGGUUGGUGUUGAAACCUAUGAUGCUUACUCUAAAAAAAAUUUCAUCUUGCGUGCAUCACUACUGUGGACUAUCAAUGACUUUCCUGCGUAUGCAGAUUUGUCUGGAUGGUCUACCAAAGGUUAUUACGCUUGUCCAUGUUGUCAUAAGGAAACUAAACGGACUUCAUUGAUGCAUAAGGGUGGUUAUUUAGGGCAUCGACGUUGGCUUCCAAUGAAUCAUAAGUGGAGAAAUGAUGCCAAUUCUUUUGACGGUAAAAUUGAAAAAGGUGUUGCACCAGUUCCAUUGAGUGGGGAUGAUGUAUUACAACAUUAUAGCCGAUUCUCACAAGCAAAAUAUGGGAAGAUUGUAGGGAACAAAAGAAAAAGGGAUGCUUCUAAUAGCUUGUUUGGGUGGAAAAAGAAAAGCAUUUUCUUUAGCUUGCCUUAUUGGAGGAAAUUAAAAGUUCGUCAUAACUUGGAUGUUAUGCAUAUUGAGAAAAAUGUCUCUGAUAAUAUCUUGGGUACUUUAAUGAGCAUACAAGGCAAAAACAAAGAUACUUUGAAGGCUCGAUUGGAUUUGGUGAAGAUGAAAAUCAGAGAUAAGUUGCAUCCUAAAGUGGUUGAUGGUAAGGUGCGUGUUCCUAUUGCUAUAUAUACAUUGAGGUCAGAUGCCAAGGUUUCCAUAUGUCGUAUGUUUGCAAAAAUGAAAUCUCCCGAUGGAUAUCUAUCAAACAUUUCUCGUUGUGUUAAAGAUAAUGGAAAAAAGAUAUCAUGUUUGAAGAGCCAUGACCAUCAUGUUUUUAUUGAGCAGUUGAUUCCCCUUGCACUUCGUGGCUUUUUACCUAAAGAGGUUUAUGACCCUUUGGUUGAACUAAGUUUUUUUUUUCGAGACCUUUGCUCUAAAAACAUAAGUGUUGAUCAAUUGGAAGAACUUGAAAAAAAAAUUCCUUACACCUUAUGCAAGUUGGAAAUGAUAUUUCCACCGGCUUUUUUUGAUGUUAUGGUGCAUUUAGUUGUACAUCUGGCAACCGAGGCAAAAAUUGCUGGACCAGUUCGAUAUCGGUGGAUGUAUCCUAUUGAGAGGUAUACUUUUUCUUUAAGAAAUAUACUCAUGCAUGUUUGUCAAGUAUUCAAAUACUAACAUAACAUGUCUUAUUCUAUUAGGUAUCUCCGAACAUUAAAAUCAUAUAUUCGAAAUCGAGCACAUCCAGAAGGUUGCAUUGCUGAAGGUUAUUUGGCAGAUGAGUGCUUAACAUUCUGCUCUAGAUACAUGAGUGACAUUGACACUAAAUUCAAUCGCAAAGUAAGAAAUGACGAUGAAGAUAUAGAAGAGGAUACAUUAAAAUCAAACCUUGAGGUUUUUAGACCACUUGGACAUACCAUUGGGGGGAGUACACCAAUACAUCUAGAUCAUUUAGAGUGUGAUCAAAUCCAUUUUUAUAUUCUUCAAAACUACGAUCCACUUCUUAAGUUUGUCCAGUAAGCCAUUUUUAUUCCUUAUGUUUAAUUAGUUUGAAUUGUAUAGUAUAUUUUAGGCUAUAGAAGCCACAUUUAUUUGUUUUUAUAUGGUGUCAUAGAAAACAUAAGUUGGAAUUGGAGAAGGAAUGUCCAAGAAAUGUAGAACGGAGGCACAAAGAACAAUUUUCCAAAUGGAUAAAAAAUCAAGUAAGAAAGCUUUUAAGUAAUACAUUGUAAAUGGUUUCCUUCUUAAGUUUGUCCAGUAAGCCAUUUUGCUAAUAAAGUAUGUUAACAUUUGUUCAUUUAGGUACAAAAAAUUUAUAAACUUGGACGCUGUGAUAAAGACUUGUACAAUUUGGUUUGUGGUCCUUCUAGAGUUGUAGGGCGUUACACAGCAUAUAUUGUAAAUGGUUUCCGUUUCCACACCAGUGAUAGGUCAGAAAAUAGGGAAACACAAAAUUCAGGUGUCAUGGUGCGUGGUGAUGAUGCUUCAGAUAAGGAAUACUAUGGCGUUUUGAGAGACAUAUAUCAAAUGCGUUAUCCUGGAGAAAAUCAUGUAUUUGUCUUCAAAUGCAGUUGGUUUGAUGUAGAAAACCUUGGUAGAGGGUAUAAGGUAGAUGAGCAUGGUUUGGUUAGUGUGAAUAAGAAUAGACUUUUAAAGUCGGAUGAUGUGUUUGUGCUAGAAUCCCAAGUGGAACAAGUAUUUUACAUACAAGAUGAAAACAAUGAGAAUUGGGAAUUUGUUGUAAAAGCACAACCAAGGGAUUUGUAUAAUAUGAGUGCUAGUGAUCUACAUAAGGAGGGUAUAGAUGUAGAUGCCUUUCAACAAGUAGAGGUGGAAGCUAAUAUUGAAGCUGAAUGUACUGAUUGCGUACAUACUAACAAUUUCAGAGUUAGUUCGUCGUUGGCUACAAAUAUGUUUAUGGAUUAUAAAGGAGAACAUGAAGUGCAAAUGGUUACACAAAUAUUGGAAGAUGACAAUUUCAUUAAUGAUGGUGAAAUUGAAGUCUUUGAGGAAUCGAGUGAAGUUGAAGAAGAAAUUUGAUUUUGAUUUAUCUCCUUCAUUAUGUUCUGUUGUACAAUAUUUACAUUCACUAUUAUCUUGUUAUCUAUAUGAACAAUUCGGCUACUAUUGUUUAUUUUUUCCGCUCUAUCUUGAAAUAUAUUGUUUAUUAUUGAAGCUACCUUUUGUUUGAUAAUUUUGCAAAAAUAUGUGAAUAGAUAAAAGAUGGUUGGGAGAGGAGGGGGAAAGAAAAUAUGCAGUCGAAGUAUUGCCCCCGGAAAACUUAUGAGUCGUGUUCAAGCUAGUCGGACACAAUUGUUUAGCAAGCAAAAUGUAGCUGGUCAAUUCAAUGAUAGCUCUAACCCACACAUCACAGAUGAGAUUACUGAUGCAGUUAGCAAAAGUAAGUUUUUUUUUUCUAUUUCAAUUCAAAAUAUUUAAAUUUUAUUAUGUUGAAUUCACUUUGAUUUUUAUUGUCUUUACCCUUGUAGAUUUGGAGAGGCAACGAACAACUUAUGAAGCGCAUAUAAACAAAACAGCACCAACUGAAUUGCCAGCAACUAAAUCGCCAACAACUGAUGCACCGACCUUGAAUGACCAUAACUUAAUUCAUGGAGACGAUCAUCAAGGUUAUGAAGAAACUGCUACACCAAUCUUAAAUGACCAAGCAUCAGAAGGCGUCAUUACCUUAAUGGAUGAAAGUACAUUAUUGCAAAAUUCGACUUUCACGUUUCUAGUUUGUAAUUAUUUACAUAUUAUUGAUUAAUGAUUAAUGACCAUUAUUGUAGGCAUACUUGGUAAGAGAAAGAAAAGAAGCAACUUUGUUAGUAGAAUUGAAGUGGGCUUGCAAGUGAAUGAAGCUUUAGAUCCACAACCAAGGCAAAUUAUCACUCGAAAUGAGGUGGAGCAAGUUAACGGUGAUGAGAUAGAUAGAAAUACAGGUAAUUAACAGAGAUGGAGCAACUUUUUUAAAUAUUAUUGAUUAUUGAUUAUUGAUUAUUGUAGGCAUACUUGAUAACUUUGAACAUUUGUAUUAUCUUAGCAACUAGUAAGAUCAAAGGAAGAGGUAAGAGAGGAAUGUAUAAGAGUUACGUGGUUGACAUGAAAAUUAAAGGGAGAGGAUCGAAAUUGAAGAUCACAAUACCUGAUGAAAUUGACCGAGCAAUUGGAGAAAAUGCUCGUCACUUGGUUAAUGAGUGUGGGCGUAUUGUGAGGACAAAAGCUCCCUUGAAUGUGAAAAGUUGGAAAGAAGCAUUUGAGGCAGCUGGAGAAAGUAUGUUGAAGGAAAUACAGGAUAAGUUUGAAAUUGAUAAGUCUAGCGAUUACUUCCGAAUGUAUGCAUUUGUCUUGGAGACCAUGCAACGUUUAUAUAGAUUGUACAAGUGUAGGUUGCACAAUUACUACAAAAGUGCGAGAUGCGGAAAAACUAACGAGGAGAUCAAAAAGAAUCCUCCUUUUGACUUACCCCAACCUCAAUGGGAAUAUCUGAUCAAGUAUUACGGAUCUGACAAAUUUAAGGCAUUUCUUUAACUAAACUAUGUACUAUUUAUGAACUAUGAGCCGAUGUAUAUGAACUAUGAGCAAGAACUUGAUUGGCAUCAACUUUUGUAAUCAUCAUGCAGGUCAUAAGUGAGAGGAACUGUAAAAAUCGGAAUUCUGCCAAGAGAACUAUGCAUACGACUGGAAAUUUAUCAUUUCCUGAAUCAGAAGAUGUAUUGACAAAAGAGAAUGAUAAUGUGAAGCUAACUGCUGAUAAAGUUUGGCUUAUCCAACACACUCGUAAGAAUGAUCAAGGAAAACUAGAAUGGCUCGAUACGCGGUCAAAAGAAAUCCAUGUGAAGUUGAAAGAUGUUGUUGCAUCAGCUGGGGAUUCAAUGACACAAGAUGAAAUUUUGCUUAGAGUUCUGGGCCAAAAGUCAGGGCAUGUACGUGGAAAAGGGACAGGGAUACGUGCAUAUUCUAAAGAGAAAGCACAAAUAGAACAACGUAAGAUUGUGGAGCAACAACACGAGAAAAUUCAAGAGCAACAACAAAUUAAAGAUUUGAUGGAAAGUCAGUUGCUACAACAACGACAAUUUGAAGAAUAUAAGGCACAACAACAAGAAGCAAUUGAAUCGAUGAAACAAAGCAUCUUACAACAGCUACAGAGUAAAGAAGUUCAAUGAUUGUCAUGAAUGCUUAUUAGGUAAAUGAUGCUUUCUUUUGCAUUUUUUUAACAUAUACUUAGGCUUACAACAUGC